AUGUUUAAAUUGGAAUCUUACAUAACGCCAGUGAUUCUCAGUUAUGUAGAGAAAUAUGUAAAAAAUUUUAAACCGGAACAGUCACAGGUAUCCUUGUGGGGUGGAGAUGCAUCAUUUCAGAAUCUGGACCUAAGAUUAGAGGUAUUAGAGGAACAAUUAAAUCUUCCAUUUGUCUUUGUUAGUGGUCAUAUACAUGAAUUAUUGAUACAUGUUCCUUGGGUAAAAAUUACAUCUGAACCAAUAGUCGUUACCAUUAAUACCAUAGAGUGCAUCUUAAAAUUGAAAGAUGAUAAUACCACAGAAACUAAUACAACGACGUUACAAAAGAAGAGGGAAACAAUGCAGGAGGAAGCUCCACCAGGAUAUAUUAAAAGUGUUGUUACAAAAGUUAUUAAUAAUAUUACCAUUCACUGCAACAAUCUCAUCUUGAAAUAUGUAGAGGAGGAUAUUGUGCUUAGCAUAAAUGUCAGAUUUUUAAGUAUGCAAACUGUCGACAAUAAAUGGGAGCCAGCAUUUGCCGAGGUCAACACCCAAGAAGUGAUGCUUAGAAAAGUCAUUACUAUUCAAGACUUAACAUUGUGCUUAGAUAAAAUGGAUGCAUCGGGAAAGAUAGAGAUAUAUCAGGAUCCCGUUUUGUAUCGAUGUUCAAUGAUAAUCCGAAUGAUUAUAAAUUAUCACAACAAUAUUUCGAAAAGAGCAUCCAUCACAAGGUUUGAUCUUCAUUGUGAGAAAAUGGAAUUUAGUAUGACUGAGCAACAAGUACCGAUGCUCCUGAGACUGACUGCCUUAGUAAUGGCGUUACAAACAAAGCAAUUUCCACCAUGCAAAGAAAAAUCCUUUAUCACUGUGGAUGAGAGAGAAGACGUUGCACAAGAUGAUGUAAAUCAGGUAACGGGAACUUCCACAGACACAGUUGGAUGGGGUGGGUGGGCUUGGGAUAUGGUGUCAUCCGUUUUACCUGUUGACUGGGACAAUAAUUGGUCUGUUGAGCAACAAAUGGCACAUUCUGGUCAUACCGUACAUUUAGGUGUUUAUAUAGAUGAUGCUACUUUAACAUUUAAGACUGUUGAAAGUGUCAAAGAGCAGUUAUUUUAUAAAUCUCGAAAACUUAGAUACAAAUCUUUUUUAUCACUUCGAUUGAAUGGAGUUGUGAUAGAUACUUUAAUUCAAGGAAUUUCAAUGACGACUUUCCAAGUCGGAGUGGCAUGUGUACAGCUUUACCCACGUGGAAUGUGCAGCUGCGGACAUGUAGAAGUUGUUGACGGUAUACAGCCGCCUCUUUACGUAAUAGCUGGAAACUUAAAUACUGAUCACUUGAGGGAUUCAUUAUUUGACAAAGAAGCUGCAGAAAAUAAAGGAAAGAAGAGGGAUUACAAACAAGGAAUAGAUCAUUACUUAACAACAGUUUCAGUUGAAAACUUAUUAGAAAGAUGUCCAGCGUUUGUUAUGGAUUAUGUUUAUUAUGUGGAAUUACCCGACGAUAUAAUACCGGAAAAAUUGCUCGAAUUUGGAUCAAAUUUUGAAUACAGCAAUUUUCAGGAACGCAGAGUAAUAAGAUAUGUAGCCGGAGAUCUGACAAUCAGACUAUGUUCCGGUAUCUUUCAUCGUAUUGAUACUAUUAAACAGGCUGCCGCAAAAUAUGAUUAUAAUCCUUAUCUUGUAAUGAAACUAGAUCCUCUUAUUGAUGAAUUGCCUCCUGUUACAUUGGAAGAAUAUGAAGCGCUCAGGGAAAAUGUAUCAAUGACAGAAACGAAAUUUGUAUUAAAAAAAGCAAUGCUACAACUACAAUUAGCGGAUCAUUGUGUUACAGGAGUGCCACGACAACGUAAAGUGAUUGAAACUAGGAUUACGCCAUUACCUCCAGCUCUUACAGACGAUCCUUUUGCAAGCAUUGAAUGUGAUGAAGCGAUUGCCACUAUAAUACAGCCUAUGUAUCCAUUUAGACUUGUAGCUUGUGCAUCAAAGUUAACAGAACUAUCACUAGAAAUGUUUGCCCAGUGCCAUGCAAUCACCGAUAUACAAGUGAUUGGAGUGAAAAGUCAACUCCACUUAACGAAAACUUGCGACACUUCAAUAAUAAUGCCUUACUCGGUGGAAGGUUCUUCAAAAAUAUUAUUGUGUCCUCAAUAUUGGCGAGACAUAGACAUGAUUCAAAAGUCGUACUUUAUUCGGUCGGAUAGUGUUACUAUCACAGGGACUAAAGCGAAAUUAAUGGCUGCGGUGGCUAUUAUAGCUUCCGUUAUUAAUUCUGCAGAUACAAUGAAUCCACUAAUUUGUUCUACUCUUUUUAACGAUGCCUGUCAAGAGAAAUGUCCAGUGUACUUAGAAUUAUGUCUAGAAAAUAUAAAUUGCAAGAAUGUAUCGUCCUCAGUUACGAUAUCGAACGAAAUAAAUAUAAAUUCUAUAAAAAUAUUUGCUCUAAAUGAUUCUCAACAAGCCUUUAUUCUUUCGGGCCCAGAAAAUCAUAACAACAGCAAUGUAGGAAAUGUACCGCUGUUGUCUGUCGUAGUACAGUUUCCUACCAGCAUCGAAAAGCAAACGCACCCGUCUCUCGUUUCAUUUAAAAUUUCUGAAAUCAGAGCUUCCUUAGAUCCACUCUUUUUUGAAUGGCUAGAAUAUCGUGCCUCCUAUCACAAAUCAGGAAGUGUAAACGUAUUACAUUCGGAUAGCCAACAAAUGAUUAUCGAAGGCACAUCGUCCGAUACUGGUACACGGAAAAAAACAUUUCCGAGUCUACACGAAAGCGUACACAGUUCGUCUGAUAAAGAGAAAAAGAAGUCUGCUGUGACAGAAAAGUCGAAAACGUUACGAAAUGAUGAAAUGCAAAAGAAAAGUGAAUUGAAAAUGGAAAAAGAACAACAGAAAUCAGGAAUAUUGGUCACAUUAGCAGAGUCAUAUUCGUGGUGGUGCAGUCUUGUGCUGAAUGGUUAUAUAGGACAUAUUAUCAUUUACAUACCCUCCGAUACAAUGAGUGGUAUUGGGGCUAAUGGCAUUGAACAAGCCAAAGACAGAGCCUUUAUAGAAAAUCAAACUCUACAAAUAAUGAUAAUAAAACUGCCAAGUCUUCUUAUACAUUCAUCUAAUCUGAAUGCUGAGAUGCUGAGUCCAUACUUACAAAAUCUCCCCACUAAACUACCAGAAUCUAUGUGGACACAUCGAAUGCAGAGUUUUCCAUGGACAUUAAGUCUUAUCGAUUUUCAUUGUUACACGUUGCAGCAACAGACACAAAAAAACUUUAUAAAGAAAGUAACAUUAAACGCUACAGUAGCUCUUACAACCAAGACAGCCGCGACUGAAUUAAAUACACUUACCGCUUUAAGCAUUUGUGUACAUAUUGAUAAUUCGCCUAUUAUUAUUUCACUUUCGGAGGACCAGGUCAUUUUUAUGAGCAAUAUAGUUUCAAACAUCAUAAAAAUAUUGCAAACAUUAUGCGGCUCCCAGAAGGACACUGUAAUUGUAUCGCAAAUGAGCAACGAAAUGCAAAUUGUUCUUCCCGCUAUACCUCAAACUCCAUCCACUCCAACUCAAAUAAUGUAUCAAGAAGACACCACUAAUUCAACUAUGUCUACGUCGAAAGAUGAUCUAGGACAUGAAAAAGAUGGUUUAGUUGUAACGGCAUGGAUUCAAUGGACCAUAACGAAGGUGGCAAUUAAAUUAUACAUCAUAGGACGAGAAGACACACCUUCUUUAAAAUUGAUGUUAGAACUGGAAGAUAUUAUAACGUCGUUAGAUUUACAAUCGGUUUAUAUGCAGUUAAAAAAUAAAAUCACAACAGCUACAAUAUUCCAUUACGUCAGAGGUCCACAUGCAUUAAGUUGGGACGUUGGUGAAUAUGCCGGGCUGAUGCUCUGUGGAAGGGAAGAUAAUUUAGAAAAAGGUGACGAUUCUGGUUUCAUAAGUUUUACAUUAACUCGUGCAAAAUCCGGAAAUGUAUACACACGUUGGGGCACUCACAAGCAUUACAAAUCUCAAAAGCAAGAAUUGCUACUAGACUCUACGUUGUCUACAAAUGGCUACAUUUCUGAAAUACUUAUCAAGAUACAAAUGGUCGAUAUAAUUUUACCGAUUAGUGUGAUUCGUAAAUAUGCUCAAUUAAUGAAACCUUUUACGUGCCUCGGCUCAUCCAGUGAAAAAAGUGUAGAAUCUAUUCAUGAUAAAAACACGGCAACACCGUUAGUAGGCAUAACCAAUUUAAAUAAUGAUUCAUUGCCGCUGAUACAUUUGGAAUUCAAAGGUUUUCGUCUCAUGAUGCCAGCUUUCACUGAUAUGAAUAAAUUACAACAUGAUUUACUGAUGCUUCAGUUAGAGGGGAUACGUAUUACACCAGAUGCAGAAAAUCCAAUUUGUAGAAUUCCAUUGCGAACUGAUAUAUAUCAAUUGGCUGCUCGGGCAAAUAUAUUAAAUGUACCAGGUUCAGCUGUAGAAGAUCGUCAAUAUCAAAUUAGUGUUAAAGGAGUGUGUGCAUAUACCACCACUUGGAAAAAUUAUCAGCUAAGCAUUAAUAAGAGAAUGUCUCAAUCAUACUUAUAUACAAUGAACGAGAAUCCAGCACUGGAGUGGAAUAAGCUCGGGAAUGGUAGCAGUCUAGAUCCAUACUUUUCAACAUCUCCAGUGUUAACAAAAUUUGAUCUCUGCUUAAUUAUUGCCCCAGCUGUCACAUUUAAAGGAGACAUAAUAGUCUGUGGAACCGCCGUUGAAGUAAAUUGCAUUACAGACAUAGAAUUGACAAUAAAUUUAGAUCAAAUUAAAUUGAUAUCAACACUCAAUAAUGAAUUUAUAACGCUACUGUCUGGGCGUUUCGAGAAAAUGGAUGAUAAAAAUAGUUUUAAUAAUGUAGUUCAAAGAUUUCCGUCAGGAUCGCAAAGUAUUAAACCUAUUAACUGGCUGAAACAGACAUCAGGUGAUUCAGAUGUCGAUUUUACAAAAGAUAGCGGCGUCGAUUUUGAAAUGUCCAGCAUGCACUCAACAAUAAUUGGAAAAUCCACAAUUGAAACUAUGAUACAUCCACCAUUUGAAUUUUUAAUAAACUGUGGAAAGAUAACGCUUAUCCUAUACGAAGUCCAAAGCACAUUCUUUGAGGAUAAUGUUGAUGUACACAAAACUGACUAUGAAGAUGAUAAUGACAAUGUAAAACAGCCAUUACUUUACCUAAUGAUUAAUCAGCCAAAUAUUUAUUUCUCUCAACAACAUUUAUCUAAAAAAAUACAAGUAUCUUGUUUUGAUAUAACAACAGCGCUUGGCGAUGCACAAAAUCUAAAAGCGAUACCGACCGAGAAGGAUUUCAAAAUUUAUAUGAUAGAAACCAAGCAUGGUGAUCCACAUCCAGACACGGGUAUUCCACCUUCUUUUGCGACAGUAAAAUCUGAAACAAUUCUAGGUAAAAACCGUCAGUUUUCUAUUGAAAUGGGGCGACCAACAAAAAUACAUCUUUCUCUAUCUCGGCUCAAUCAACUCUAUGCUAUACAAAAUAAGGUACUAUCAUGUUUUAUUGACGAUAACGUCGCACAAAUAUCUAUAGAGGAGACUAUGCAUAUGGAUUCUCAAAACUUAGCAACACCAAUAAAAUCAAGGAAAUUUAAUGUACCUGAUCUGCAUUUAAAUAUAAGACAGAUUGUAUUAUCAUUAAAGACUGAUACCGGAGCAGAAAUUAUUACCAGUUUAGCAUCGUUAAACGGAAAUCUGUCGACACUCCUGAGACCAGACAGGAUAUAUUCAAAUUUGUCCAUAGAUUCUUUUAUUGUGUCUGCCAUCUUAAAUGGGAACAUCAAGGUGCUAUUAAAUCCCUGGUGUUGCAACGUAACGACUUGUUUACUUUGGGAAUCUUCAUACAGUAGCGAGAUUAUUCCGCAGAUACAAAUACAAGCGGACAGCGAAAGUUUGUAUCUCGAUUUUGGACCAGAUCAGAUAAAAAUUAUAAAAAUGGUCAUGCAAGACUGUCAGUUGCUUUUAAGCGAGUUUGCCUCCUUAUCUACGAGCGAAAAUAAGAAUGAUAAGCAAAUCGCGCUAUCGACUGAACAACAUUACAAGGAUGAUCUAAAGGCGGGCGCAUUUCAGUUUGUCGACGGCACUGCGGACGAGUUACCUUUUCCGUAUCAAGUGGUAUUUUUUGUUUAUCCUCAACAAGCGAUGGCGUGGAGAUACCCACAACCACGUAUGUUAACAAGGAUACAUAUAUCUCCUGUUCCAUUUGAGGCAGCGGAUAUUGAAGGUAAUUACAUUGACAAGAUUCCCUGCGUUCUCGAGUAUUGGAGCGACAGUCACAUGUCGUAUCAGCGUUAUGCCGAUUUUUACUUAUCGGAAAUGGAUUCCUAUCGAUUGGAUUUGCCAGAGAAGGCACCGGCGCGGGCGGUAGCUUGCGUGUGGCGCGUCGUUAUUCUGUCCAAUGGCAAGCGACCGCUUUCAAAAAGCAUCGUUUCCGCUCGUGCUCUCGCUGCCUGUCUGCGCAUCGAUUCCUACUUUAAUCCUUUGUUAAUACCGAAUGUACAGAUCGCCUUGAAUAUCGGCGUCCUCUACGUAUCUCUGUACAAUCAUAUCGAUACAACUGUAUAUAAUAACUUACCACCACCUCUGGAUAAAUAUACUCUGAAUGGAAAAAUUCCCGAGAUACAAUGCUUCAUGUCUAUUGAACAGAAGGGAGCUGUUCUGGUGUUUAACAGAUGGAUAGACGACUCCAUACUGCUCGACAUUGGCGGCAGCAUGAGCAUACACGUACUGGAUUACAGUCAUUUAACUAUGCAGGAAGUACUGGAUUCCCUGGAAGGAAGAUUUCAGCUAUCGUUAUCAGAAAAGAUAGAUUCUUCAUUAACAUGCAACCCAUUUACAUUGAAAUUGGGACCGGCAAUAACCCAUACCCUUGCAGUUUCUACUCAUUUGUGGUUGGCAUCUUUCAACGAGGAGGAAAAGAACGUGAUUAUCUUGACCCGUUAUGUAAUAGCCAACGAUAGCAAUAUACCCAUACGCUUUGGUCAAAGCGGCACUGGAGAUAAUAUACUUCUUGAAAGCAGACAGUGUAACUUUUACUCUUGGCGGCAAAUGGGGAAUCAAAUGAUACGGAUAUCGAUCGAGGAGAAUGCUUGGAUAUGGAGUCGGCCCUUUCCCGUUAACAAGGAUGGAGUUCAUGUGAUAGAAUUCAAUAAUUCGAUGAUCAGCACGGCGAUCUUCGUAAACAUUACGUCGCUUUCCGCUACGCAGAAGCUCGUAACGUUUUCGGGACAACUUGUGAUUUCCAAUCAGUUAAUGAAUAACUUCGAAAUGAAAUUGGUAAAGUACGAAGUUGGCUCAAAAGUAACAGUCUCUAAGGAGGUGUAUCCCAUACCGGGUAAAAGCUUUCCAUCGUCCAUCAUGCUAGAGAAUAACAAAAAGAUGGCUAUGCGGCUACGUUUCACUAAUUUGACGCAUUUAUCUUGGACCGGAGAUAUUCCAUUGCAACCUAACAUCAAGUGGGGCCAGCCGUGGCUCGUCAAAGUUCCUCUGCAAGAACGCGGUCAAUUUUUAAGUAUCUGGGUUCGGAUCGUGACGCAGAUGAUACAUGACAAAAUGAAAAUUCUCGCGAUAUUGAGUCCCCUCUACAUGAUCAGAUCGCAUCUACCAGUGCCGGCCAGGGUACAAAUGGAAACGCCGUCUUUAAAGAUGUCGUCCAGCACGAUGGUGAACGGUCGCGGCGAGUGCCAGCAGCUACACUGUCCCGGUACGUUCGAGCACUUUCACCAGCUGACGUUUCAACUGGAAUCCGGGGUCUCCGCGUCGAAUCCUUACGUGCCGCUUUCGUACAGCUCCGUGGAUCAACGGAAGUUUUUCCGAAGACCCGAGGUCGAAGAUAUCGAUAAAAUUCUGCGCGAGCUCAAGAACAGAAAAGAUGAGAUUAAAUGGCCCUUCCAGGGGGACGACACUGAAGAGUGGAUAUCUGCGGAACAGCCGCAGACGCACGUGCAAGUGAAAUAUCAAGACGCAGGACUAGUCUCCAGCACUCUAUUGCUGGAACUGCAACCCUGGUGCUUCGUAAUGAACUCGGUGGGCUGUCACAUUUCGUUAGUGUCAGAGGAUACAGAGCUCUGUCAGAUUCCUCAUUAUGGCAUAGUCACACCGCCAAAAUUGGAGAGCACCUUUCACGUGGGUGUCGGAAUAGGCGAUACCUAUUAUACGUCCCAAACAUUGCAGUUGGCGCGACCUGACUGGAGCCAGAGCUUCUAUAUGCCACGAAUCUGCGGUCUCGUGCCGGUAGAAGGGAACAUUAAGACAUUCGUGGACUGCGGAACAAGCGUGUCCAUCCUGAGCAUCAGUUCCUCCAUGCACGAAGACAUGCGUUUGGUGCGGAUCACAAGCAGCCACGUGAUCGCGAAUCUGACACCUCAGGAAUUGUGCGUGGCCACACUUGCGGUAUACGAGGAGGCGCGAGAUCUCCAAUUACCUCACGAUCUCACUCCCUACAGCUUGAAUAUCUCACCAUCUGAGGAUCAACGACAAGGCACACCGAUCGUGCAAUGGUAUACGUUGUACACGGAAAGCAACGUCGAACCACUUGUGCUGUACAUAUCUCUCAGCCUUGGUCACAGGUGGUCUUGCCCGAUCAGAGUGGAUCAAGCUAUGAGCCGCAAAUCCGUUGUGAUUCCAAAUGGUUCCUCCACCACGCCGGUCAUCGUAACAACACAAGAGGACAAAGGCAGUACGUUUGUUGUGAUACACAACGACGAUCAUCCGCAGUUAUUGAUCGAGAAUGCCUGCAGCUUUAAGAUCCUACUGGGACAAGCUGAUGAGAAGGGAAACGAGAUAUUAUCAGAUAGCACUCAUUUCACAUGGAUGUGCGACGUCGAUAGUGGUGCAACAUCCCAUUACUCUCUUCCCUGUGUCAGCAACAGGCUACCCGAUACUACAGUUCCAAGCACCUCAAAUGUGCUAUUAUUUUCCACUGUAAAAAACGAUCAAUCAGCAGGAAAAGCGAAUCUAAAAUGGUCGAGAGGCGUGAAUCUGUCCGCAUUAUCUUCUACACCAAUAGAUCAAUAUCUACGAUUACCUUCGUACGGUGAUGUAAAGCUUAUAAUGCAUAAUUGCUGCUACACCAUUCACAUAAGCAUUGUACCUAUCUCUCAAAUUGAAAUAUCCGCCCAAGACAUCAGGAGCAGAUUGCUGCGAAAGAAAAAUGCGGCGAAAAAUCACGAUACUGCGUACAAUAAUCCUGCACUGAAAAGAUUAGAAGAAGAUAAUCUAUUGCCAUACGUACAAAGUUCGAGCAGCUCAACGUCGCUAACGAGCUUCUUCUCAGCCCAAGAAGAUAUCUUGACGAUGGAACAAAUACCUGUCUCAAUUUCAAAGCAAUUAAUUCCAAAGGUAACGGAUAUGAACACUUGUACUGGCGAAGAUCGUUUGAAGUCAAUUGGCGAUGCUAACUCGUCCAAUUUAAAGGAAGGCUCUGCAAUCAUUUACUUGCGUGUGUGUACCAUCGUUAUUCUUCAUGACAUCAAUGAAAAUGCACAAAGAAUCGAAGUCGCAAGUCUGUCUAUGACAGACUUGAUCGUCACCAUGAAUUCAAAAGCCAGAUUUAUUAACCUCCAUUGCUAUAUAGGCGACUUGCAGUUAGAUAAUCAAUUGUUUGAUCAGGGAGGUUUCGACUUCCCUGUGGUAUUAAUAAAUCAGAAUCCAUUGCCGAACAGAGAGAUGGCAUUUUGUAAUAAUAACCGUUUAAUGACAAAUAUGGAAAAGAUCAAACGGGAUUCUUUGAUAACGGUCGAAUAUGUCUGGGAAGUAAACGGAAAUAUUAUAGCAUCAAAAGAAUAUCACAUGAAGAUUGCGCCUGUUAGUGCGUACAUCGAGGACACAUACAUAACACAAUUAUUAGAUUAUGCGACUUCAAUGAUACCACCGCGGUUAGUAUUAGGUGACGGUCUUAAAAAGACACAGACGAUAGCCGCAUCGAACGCAAUAUGCAUACCAGACUACAUCAUGAUCGAUUCAAAAAUCUUGAGCAAGCCGCUAAGAUUGCAGGACUUUGUAAUAGAACCGUUGUCGAUUCUACUAAGUGUUCACACUUCUAUGAGACUCUACAUCGCUCUGGAUCAUUCUCCUCUGCAUUUCGGUAUUUUUGAAAGGAAGAACCUGCUAACCACUCCUUAUAGGCUUGGCAAUGCGCUCACUAUGCACUAUUUAUCUGGCGCCAUAUUCGGAGCAGGCUGGGUAGUUGGAUCAUUAGAAAUACUUGGAUCACCAGGAGGUUUAGCGCAAGCGCUUGGAUCUGGUCUUAGAGAUUUUGUUUCAAUGCCAUUCCAAGGACUGCUACAAGGCCCAUGGGGUUUUAUUGUUGGAAUUACACAUGGGUCGGCCAGUCUAAUGAAACACGUUACAGCAGGUACUGUAAAUUCCGUAACGAAAUUGGCGUCCAGCGUCGCGCGAAAUUUAGAUCGUUUAACAUUGGAUGAAGAACAUCUUCAGCGACAAGAAGAAUCACGCAGAAUGCGCCCUCAAGGCAUGGCGCAAGGACUUUAUCAAGGUUUAACCGGUCUUGGAAUGAGUCUACUUGCGGCUGUAGCGGGCUUGGCACAUCAUCCUUUGCAGCAAGUAUGGUCGGGCGAAGUGACGACCAAAAGUUUAGUCACCGGAGUUGGACUUGGUCUAGUUGGCGUCGUCACUAAGCCACUGAGUGGUGCCGCGGAGUUGGUUGCUCUCACAGGUCAAGGAUUAUUGCAAGGUGCUGGGUGGAAUUCGUUGCCGACGCCACGUCAGAGACCAAUUGUGCAAUAUACUACUGGCAAUAACAACACAUCUGUGCGAUAUAUCUGGCGUUUGUCACCUUUACUCGAUCACAGUCACGACAGCAUCCUUCAUGUAACCAGUGCAGACUACGUGAUUCAUCAGGGCAGUAAUCGCGCAGUGACUCUCGUUCUCACGCGACAAGCUUUAUUACUCGUCAAUAUGGCCGAAGACAGUGUAGAACGGAUAUUUUCGCUAAAAGAACUGACAAGUGUCGAUCAUAUCACGGAGACGACGAUGCUAUGUUUAUACUGUCCACCAACCGCAGUACAAUUAAGCAGGCCAUUGUCACCAGCUGAACGUGAGAUGAACCAAGAAAUGAGAGCUCGAGUUGAGGAAUAUGUGCGGACAAGCAGCACUGGUUUGGCCAGUGUAUCGACCAACAGCGAUAGACAGUCUGACACCUUGGAAAAAGUAUCCCUACAUCCAGAACAUACACUUACGUUUUAUGUUUGUCCGGAUACUCGUAAUUAUUUAUUAUCAUUGUUCAACAUUGCCAAGCGACAAAAUCAAGGUUCUGGUUUCGCUGUUUUAUAAUCAAAUCUAUUUUUAGGUGAUUAUAAUUAACGUAACUGAGAAAAGAUAUUUCCAAUAUUACUGUAUGUAGUAUCAAAUGCAUCCACAAAUUUGAUGUCCUUUGAAUAUUAAAGUACAUCAUACUUUAAAAAAAAUUUAGUAUUUCGAGCUUAUAAAGUUACGUGCAAAUAGUAUUAUUACAAAAAAUUGAAUUAAAGAAAGUAAUUCCAAAAUUUGAGUAAUAUAAUCAAGAUUUCACGAUGUUUACUUGAAGAAAUGCUUAUCUCUACUUUUAUUAAGAUAUUGCACAAUUGUCGCUUUUGUUUUAAACAGGGAAUAUAUUAUUAAAAAUUUAGUAAUCGUAUAAAUUUUAUUAAAUGUAGCAUAUAAGCUGAACAAAGUACAUAAAUUCUGUAAAAUAAUAAUGUUGCUUAUUUAAGCAUUCAUGUAAAAACGUACAAAGUAAAAAACUACAUAAAUUUUAUUUCCAAGUUAUUGUUAUACCAUAUAUACAUAAUAAAAAAUUAAACUUGUAUACACAUCAUUUACAUAGAUGUAUACGAACACACGUAAUUGCAACACGACUUUACAUGAACGCAAAUUAUGUUGUGCCAAAAUAUUGUAAUUUGAUUUUCACUAAAAUUGUCAUGGAUUGUAUAAUAUUGAUUCAAUGUGUAAUAAUAAUAUAUUUUGCAUAUUACAGACAAAAUAUGGCAUGUAAUAAAUGCUAAAAAAU